GGCUCAGCUGGUGUACCGCAAUGGUGCAUCACAUACUGCAUAAUAAUUAUAUUAUCGCCGCCGCACGUCACACGACGGGAGGACGGUGUUGUGCCGUACCUACUCUAAAAUAUAUCGCGUUAAUUUUCUCGUUAUUAUUUUCGCAUCGCCGUCGGAGCAGCGUUAUCGAGCGCACGCAGCUUUCAGCAGCAGUAGCCAGCUGUAGCCAACACUAAAUAGCCACAGCGUAUUAUAAUAAUAAUAAUAAUAAUAAUAAUUAUAUACAGUUAGUAGUGCAUAAUAUUGUAGUACGACGACGGCGUGCGCUCAAUGCUUAUCACCGCAGGAGCUACGCAAUGAUAAGGAUUUUUUUACGUCGUUCCCUCCAGCUUGUCAUUUUUUUUCCGAGUCAAAACUUACGACCGCGACCACAACAACAACAACAACAACAACUGCAUUAAUUAUUUACGUCGUACUACCUGACAAACCCAACGAACGAAUGUCUAUGUGUAUUGCUCGUUGUUUUGUUCAUAAAUGUCGGUUUAUUCCGUCGUCGUUUCGGCACCGAUUGAGUUGAGUGCGAUGUGCAUUUGGUCGUCUGCCGCCGUCGCCGACGCCGCUACACGAUCGCCGCCGCCGCUACUGCCGCUGCUGUCGUCGCCGCUGCCGCUGCCGCCGCAGCCGCUGUCGUCGUCGUCGUCGCAAUAAUAAUACGCCGCAUCAAAAACACCGCGACUCGUGCCCGUGUCCGUUGUUCAACGCCGGACAUGGACACCUGACGACCGUCUCUGUGGACGUCCGAUCAUCGACAACACCGCGGUGGUGUUAGCGCGGUAUAUUCCGCCGGUCAAUAUUCGAAUGGUGGACGCGUAGACAAUCCGACAAACUGGACAAGCUACCCGAAUAUCUCCGCGACACCGUGGACUGGUUUAUGGGGAAAGGUCGAAAGGCCAAAGACAAGGAAUCAUUAUGUAAUGAUGAUAAUAAGUUGUAUUUGGAAGAAGCUGUAUUGGAAAAAAAGUUACCUGACAUUGAUCUUAGGAUAUUAGUUGAAAUGCCUAAUGGGAUAGAUUUUAAUGAGUGGCUUGCUUCUCACACACUUUCAAUUUUUGACAACACCAACUUGAUUUAUGGAACUGUGUCAGAAUUCUGUACUAUUUCGGGAUGUCCUGAUAUGGUUGGACCAAGUUAUAGAACCUACUUGUGGUUUGACGAAAAAGGAAAAAAAUCUCGAGUAGCUGCUCCAUUAUACAUAGACUAUGUUAUGACGUUCGUUCAAAAAACUAUUAAUGAUGAGACAAUCUUUCCAACUAAAUAUGCUAAUGAAUUUCCUGUUGGCUUUGAGGUUGUAGUAAAAAAAAUUUUAAGAUUGUUGUUUCACGUUUUAGCACAUCUUUAUCAUAGUCACUUUCGUGAAUUAGUACUACUAAAUUUGCAUACACAUUUAAAUUGUGUAUUUGCUCACCUGUCAGUAUUUAACCAUCGUUAUCAAUUAAUUGAGUUACGGGAAACUGAAAUCCUACAAGAUCUAGUGGUAGCUUUAAAAAUUUUAGGUGAUGAUGAAGAAAUAACUACCGUAGUCAAUGAAUCUAUUGAUGAAUAUAAGGACGUCAUCAACAAAGAACCAACCAUGUCUUUAGCAGAUCAACCUAUUAACAUGUUCCCUAAUCCUUCUCCUAUUAAUACACAGACUUUAGCUACUCAAAUUGAUAAUUUCUAGUCUAGAAAAUAAAAUCUUAAAAUGCAUUAAGUAUAUUUGUAAUACAUAUUACGUAUGUUUAAUUAUUCUGUACAUAGAAUUUCUUGUUAAAUAAUUUAGAAAACACUUGUUGGCAGACAAUAAACUAAUAUCAAAGCUUUUUAAUCAACUAUAUUAUUAUAUUAAAAUACUGUCUAAUAAUGUAUAUUUAUUUAUAAAAUAAAUAAUACAUUUUUAUUCAUUAAAAAUGUUUUUAUAUUAAUUUCUUGCGAUAAUUCAUAAAUUUUGUUUGGUUAGAUUUAAAUAGAUUUAAUCGUAAAAUCCAUUGAUUCGUAAAUUAAAAUAAUUUUUUAAAAUUUUAUCUUUCAUGUAUAAAAUAAUUCAAGUUAUACUAUCUAUGAAAAGAAUAUUAUUUAUAUUGUUUGCCACUAUUCCUAAAAAUCUUUUAAGUGUUUAGAUAAUAUUGUCCAAUUUACUAAUUCACAGGUUUACAUUGUUAACUGAUUAAAUUAUUGUUAGAACAUCUAAAUUAAAGUUAUUUGAAAACAUUUCUAUUUUGAACUGUAUAAAAUUAUUAUUCUUGUGCACUGUUAUUUAAAUUUAUAUAAUAGUUUUUUAACAACUUGUUUCAGCUCAAAUAUUUAUAUUUUCAGAUCUAUACAAAAUUGUAAUAUGAUUUUUGAAUAUAAAUUAUAUUACAAUAUUUUUUAAUAAUGUAUAGAUUCCAAUCUGGACAAUUUGUGAACAUUUGUAAUUUUUAUCUUGUCUAUCUUUUGUGAUGUAAUUUAUUUAUAUUGUGAUAGCAAAAAUAUGCCCUUUUAAAAACAUUAUUCAUUUUUGGAAAUUGUACUUAUCUGUAAUUAUUGUUUUAAUUACUUUUUCAAGCCAUUAAUUAUAAAAUUGUCAAACCACAUGUGUUUAUCAUUACAAUAACACAUGUGAUGGUAAUUAAAUAUUCAAAUUAGAGAAAUAUAAUUUUUUAGCUUAAUGUUUUUUGUUGCUUUUAGAAGUAUAAAAAAAUAUAUUAAAGUAUUUAGUAGGCUUAAUCAGAUAGAAAAUUUCCAAGAUUUGUUUUUGAUUUUAUUUAUGAUGGCAAAUUAUACAACCGUCCAAUUUUUUUUCUUUUAGAAUGUUUUUUUUAGUAAACUUUAUGGGAUUAUGUUAUAUUAUUAUUAAUUUUCUUGUUUUUCUUUCUAUUAUAAAACUAUAAAUUAAACUUUGUUAUUGAUGUUUCCUGUUAAACCUUCAUUUAACUACCUUUUACCACACUGAAAAACAUUAUGUGUUUUCAGAUUGUUUAUUGUAUUUUUAACCAAAAACAAAUAGCACUUUUGUUAAUAAAACAUUUAAGUUACCUACCUAAUUUAUUAAAAUGUUAUUAACCUUAUUUCUUAGAAUCCUAAAGAAAAUUGGUAUGUCUAAUGUUAUAUUAUGAUAAUAAGACAAUUGUGAGUUUUUUUAGAUUAUAUUACUAUCUAUGAUUAAUUAUUAAUUAUUAUUAUAAUUUUAUUUAGUAAUUUAUUCAAUAUACAAUAUUAUGUGAGUAGUUUGUAUAUGUAUCACUGUUUUGGGUGAAAAGUUUAUGUAUGUGUUAUAAUAAUAAUAUAUAUUUUUGUACAAAAACAUAAAAAAAAUCUAAAAAAAUUAUAUAAUAUACAAAUAGGUAUACAUAAAUAUUCAUAUAAUAUAUUAUUUUAAUUAUUAUAAGGCUGAGUGAAUGAAUUAAGGUAUUUAUGAAAUGUUGGUUUAAUUAAAUAUAUUACUUUUGAGAGCACUGUUAUAUUGUAUGUAAUUUAUCGCUUAAUGCUUCAUUAGAUUAUCUUAAUAUCUGUAUGUUGAUAUACUAUUGGAUCCUUUUUUUUUUGCUUUUUUUUUAGUAGGAAAAUUCUAAAUAAUAAGACAUUUGGUAAAUAACUACCCAUUAGUUACUAAUAAUUUGUUUACCUAAUUAGAAUAUAUUUUACUGGAGGUUUCUAAUAGAUAUAUUAAAAACAUAUUUAAGUUGGUGUAACUAGCGAGUUCCUUUAUUAAUUAUCUUAAUAGAUUUUAUAUUAUAUAAAUGUUCAUGGUGAAAAAAAAUGAUGUAUUUAUUUUAAAAAUAAGAGAAAUUAAAACAGUGUUGUAAUAUUAAGGAUAGUAAUUUGUUAACUAUGUUAUACUUGUUGUUUAAAUUUAAAAUAUAUAUGUAAUAAACAUUUUGAUUUAAA